CCUCCCUCCCGUCUCUCUCUCCCCCCUCCCUCCAUGCUCCCUCCCCCCGCUCUCUCUCUCUCCUCCCUCCGAUCCGCCGAACUCUCCCCGGGCCGAGCUGCCAGGAGCCGGACUGAGCGGACCCCGAUCUGUGUGAGUGUCUGCGGACCCCCCGGCCAGGGAGAGUGCAAGAAUCCUGGCAGACAACGCUCACCCCAAAGGCCGCAAAUGAUGACCACCCAAGAUGUAACAGUAAAAAAAGAGCAAGCGGAGGAAGAGAUUCCAGGAGUAAUCUGGCAGAACACCAAAGAGUCCAACAAGGGGAAAAUGAAUGAGGGUGGGGAAGAGAUACCUGCCGAGAUCUGUGUGGUCAUUGGAGACAACCGAAACCAGCAAAACAUAGGGGAGGAUUCACCAGAAAGACACAGCGCCACAAUGAGUCGAGAGCCUUCCUGGACUUCAAGCAGCCGGGCACGUAGUAUCCCACCGAGGAUCAGCACUUCAUCGCCAGGAGCGUAUGAGUGUGGAAUUUGUCGGAAGAAGUACAAGUAUUAUAACUGUUUUCAGACACAUGUCCGAGCGCACAUAGGUAAAUCUCCCGUGUUCUUGACAAACAAUGAAACUGGCUCAGGUGAAGGUGCAUCACAGGGAAACAAUUUUCGAUACACGUGUGACAUCUGUGGCAAAAAAUACAAAUAUUACAGCUGCUUCCAGGAGCACAGGGACUUGCAUGCAGUGGAUGACACCUAUAUCCAUAUGAUGGUAACUUCAGGGGACGCAAAAGAAGAGGACCCUGAACCGUUUCUGAAACUUGGUCCAAAAACCGGUAAUUACACGUGUGAAUUCUGCGGAAAGCAAUACAAAUACUACACUCCGUAUCAGGAACACGUGGCUCUCCACGCGCCUCUCAAGGGCACUUUCAGCCACGACAUAGAACACAAAGUACCAAACAACUAUGAAGAAACAAACAGCAACUCUCAGCAUUCAAGCGGUUCCAGCAGAACGCACGGAAUGUCAGACAUGGUGGUAGCCGGGAAUAUUACAGCCUGGCAGAAAGAACCGGCCAAUCAAAUUAUUCCCAGUUCAUUUCCAUUAUUACAAAGCAAGGGAUGGAAGAAAAAAAUAAAAAGAAAAGAGGAACCGAGUAACAAGCCAGUGAAAGAAGAGAAAGGUGCUAAAUCAGAAGAGCCCUACACUUGCGGUGCAUGCGGAAUUCAGUUCCAGUUUUACACCAAUCUGCUGGAGCACAUGCAGUCCCAUGCCGCCGACAAUGAAAACAACGUUUCCUCGAAUCAGGCCAGAUCUUUACCACCUGUGGAAGAGAACUGGAAGCCUCAAGUUCAAAGAAACAGCAUCAAUAACAGUACCCAUUCUUCAACAACCGGACCACUUAACAAUUCACUACCUGAGAAGGAACGUCAACACAUUGCAGAGCGAUUACUGAGGGUAAUGUGUGCUGAUCUCGGGGCUCUGAGUGUGGUCAAUGGCAAAGAAUUCCUGAAACUUGCACAGACACUUGUUGACACUGGCGCUCGUUAUGGAUCGUUUUCUGUACACGAGAUACUGGGGAAUAUGAACACAUUGGCUGUGAAGCAUUUACCUCGAAUGUACAACCAAGUCAAAGUGAAGGUGACUUGUGCUCUGGGAAGUAACAUCUGCCUGGGAAUUGGAGUCACUUGUCAUGCCCAGUGCAUUGGAACAGAUUCCUGUUACAUACUCACAGCAUACCAGGCUGAGUGCAACCAAAUAAAACGAUAUGUCUUGGGAAUUAAGGACGUGGACAAUAGAGAUAGCGGAGAAUUUAUCCAUCAAUGGGUGCAGAAUGUACUAUCGGAGUUUGUGAUGUCAGAGAUUAGGACAGUUUAUGUUACAGACUGCAAAGUGAAUUCUUCUGCAUUCUCCAAGUCUGGAGGAACCUGCCUUCGUUGUUCAGCCUGUUCUUUGAACUCAGUGGUACAAAGCGUGCUAAGCAAGCGCACACUUCAAGCUCGCAAUAUGCACGAGGUCAUUGAACUCUUAAAUGUUUCAGAAGAACUGGCUGGGUCAUCUGGUAUCUCAAAGGAGACAUUUGGCUCUUUAGAAGAAACCUCACCACCUCCCUGCUGGAAUUCUGUAACUGAUUCUCUCCUGCUCGUUCAUGAACGAUACGAGCAAAUCUGUGAAUUCUAUAGCCGGGCAAAAAAGCCAAAUGUCAUCCAGAACCUAAACAAACACUUACUGAGCAACUUAGCUGCCAUUUUAGGACCUGUUAAGCAAGCUGUAAUAGAGCUAAGCAAUGAACGCAAACCCACACUACAGCUUGUGCUUCCAACCUACGUCAAGUUGGAGAAGCUCUUCACAUCGAAGGCAAAUGAUGCAGGAGUUAUCAGCAAACUCUGCCAUCUCUUCCUUGAAGCUUUAAAGGAGAACUUUAAGGUGGAGUCAGCACAUAAAGUAGCUAUGAUCCUAGAUCCACAGCAAAAACUAAGGCCAGUUCCACCGUAUCAACAUGAAGAAAUUAUUGGUAAGGUCUGUGAGUUAAUUAAUGAAGUUCGAGACGGGUCAGAAGAGGGUGAAUUUGAGGCACCUACUAAAAAGCCUAGGCCAGCUGCAGAGACAACCAAAGUCCAAGACGAUGACCGAAUGGGGAAAAAUGAAGUCUAUGACUAUUUACAAGAGCCCCUUUUCCAGGUUACUCCAGACCUCUUCCAGUAUUGGUCAUCUGUUGCCCAAAAACAUGUAAAACUAUCCAAACUUGCCUUCUGGCUCCUUGCUGUCCCUGCUGUCGGAGCCAGAAGCGAAUGUGUAAAUAUGUGUGAACAAACCUUACUUAUCAAACGAAGGAGACUGCUUAGCCCUGAAGAUAUGAAUAAAGUUAUGUUUCUGAGGUCGAAUAUGCUUUAAACAAAACAAAAAAACUGUUUGGUUGAAACACUUAUUAUAAAGCAAAACACUGUUCCAAAUAAAUGUUACUUAAUAAGUAAAUGAUAAAGGACAUCAAGCUUGAAACACUGUGGACCUCAAAAAAAAGUCUAGGAACCAAGUGCUUUUUUGUUUUGUUUUAUUUUUGUACCAAGAGGAAGAUUGGAUUUUGGAUGAUGAUGGGUUGUUGACCUUACAUGUAGAAGGAAUAUGUUUGUAUGGACAAGACUAACUAUUGUUACAGGCAGCUGACUUCCAAAGUCACUUGAAGAUUUCUCGUUACCAGUUAUCACAACGAGCUUGUUGCUCCUUCCAAUAAGUUUGUACUAGUAUCAGGGCCUUAUUAACAUACAGUGUAUAUUAGUAAGGUAACAUUCACAAAACUCUUUCCAGAAGUCGAAAUUCAGGAAAAACAGGUGAAGUCUUUAAAUAUCUCACAAGGACCUGAACACUUUUAGAUGAGUUAUUUUGGUUAACAGAUCUCCAUUCCCUACUUUGUUUUUAUUGUUUGAAGUUCUUUUAGGAAUAAAAGUAGUAUAUUCUAAAGGGACGUAAAGAAACGUAGUGUAUUUUAUUUUAUUUUUAGAAUAUAGGGAAAACCUUCUAAUCUAAGCCUACUUUCUAAACUGCUGUAUGCCGAUUCUGCUGUUAUCCUGCCUGUUGUAGGCUUCCAUUUUGGAGACGUGUCCUGUUUGGUUUCUGUGAAGAACAAAUAACCUGUUUUUUCUAAUUUAUAAACAGUAUGGAAUGUA